CACCCCCAGCCCCAUGAUUUGGGGGGGUUUUUGGGAGGGCUGGCAGUGUCGGGAGCUGUCCCUGCAGCGGGUGCCCUUCACGGUGUCGCGGGCUCGGGAUGCCAUCCUCUUUGUCGCUGAGUGGCGCUUCCCGAUGCGGGAUGACGGGGACCCGGACCCCGCGGGGGACCCGGACCCCGAACGAGACGGAGUCUGGAGCGAGGAUGAGGAGCCUCAAAGCUGCCGCUGGGACUCGGGGACGUCGGGUGCUGUCCUCGUCGAGGCGGCCUCUCUGCCCUCGGAAGCGGUCCCGUCCGGCGAUGUCCCCGUCUCAGACGAGGCCGCCGGUCCGCUCGUGUGUCCCACCGAGGUCACCGAGGCUGUUCCCGUCCCGGCUGUGCCCCCGGAGCAGGUGAGACGUGCCCCGAUCACCCCUCGGGCUGAUCCCCGGCGGCUCCGGGGACACCCCGACAGCCACACCGGGUCCCUUUUGUCCCCCCGACCGCUGUGCCAGGCCCCCUCCGCAGCAGCCGCAGCUCCUCCCGAGCACAUUCCCGGCGAUCUCACCGUGCUGCCCGUGCCAGGACCACCCCUCCCGGAGCCGCCCAUCGCUCCCCGGCUCCCCGGGAGGGGCCGCAGACCCUCCCGACCCUCCCGGCCCCGGCCGGCCCCGCUGGACGCGCCCCGACCCCCGGCUCCGCUCCCGGCUCCGCUCCCGGAACCCCCGACGGAGGCACCGCAGGAGUCCCGAGAGGCCACAACGGAGCUGGGCGACCAAGAGCCACCAUCUGCGGGCUCCUCCAGCUCCAGCCUGGCAUCGCUGCGGCCCCGCACAGCCUCCCGCGGCCCCGGCGUGCCCAGGCUGGCUGCGCGCCGCGGGGCCGCUCGCUGGGUGUUCCCCGAGGUCAGGGUGCUGGACGUGAGCACCGAGCCCGAGCGGGUGCGGUCGGGAGCCUCACGGUCCCGGUUAGCCCCGCCGGGCUCCCCGCAGGCGCUCCCGGGAGCCGGGAGAGCCGCCAAGGCCGAGGCUCAGCUGUGUGACCCCUGGCUGGCCUCGGCUCGCUUGGCUCCCGGUGUCACCGUGCGCUGGGGCGGCAGCGAGCGCCGCGGACCGACCCCGCUGGGACACGGGGACGGCGAGCAGGAGGAGGACGAGGCGCUGAGGAGGGCGGAGAAGGAUCUAAAACCCAUCCUGCCCUACCCGGAGUGCCGGAUCUCAGAGUACGGCGAGUGACCGGAGCCGGGGGUGAAGCCCCGGUCCUUGGGGGUCCCCCGUGUCCCACCGGCACCGGGCACGGCGCUCCCGGAGCUCCGAGCCCUUUGCCAGCGCUGCAAAGGGUUUAUUUACUUACAGAAAUAAAUAAAAAAGCAAUAAAAUGAGUUUCCCUCACUCCGGUCCCACUGGAGCCGCCCUGGGGUGGCAGCGGGGACACCGAUGUGACACACCGAGCUUUUCACACCCCCCGGUCACUCCCGGGGUUGUAUUUAUAGAAGCCUCAUUAGUUUAUGAGUAGCGGGCGUGGCUUUCAGCUCAUUAACAUAAAAUGUGACAGCGCGGGUGGUUUUGGCACCAGGAGGGGCCUUAGGUAAGGUUCCGGUUCCUCAUUAGAGGAUGUGUGACUCAUUAGAGCAGGUGUAACUUUCAGUUCCUAAUUAGCCUCGGACGUUAAUUCCGUGUCCGUCCACUCCGAAGGCCCUACGAGCCAG